AUGAAGGGCCCUGACCAGCUGCACGUCCUGGAGGUCUACCGCAAGUUGGAGUGGAGGGCGUACAUCGCUUCUUUCAUGCCACCUCAGUGUGCUGACCAGUUCAUGCAGAUCCCACCUGUCAUCCGUGACGAGGGCUUCGUGGACGAGCUUGCGGAGCUCAGCCGCUCGCACGAGCGCAUCCCCAGCGGCUGCUCGAAGUUCUGCUUCCGGACCGGCGCGACAUACGUGGGCAGCUGGAGGACGAACAACGCGCGGCACGGCUUCGGGCGGCAGACGUGGACCGACGGGGCCCAGUACGAGGGGCAGUGGGAGGACGACUCGCCAUCGUCGUUCUCCCACAGCGAUGGGGAUGUCUUCAUCGGCCAGUGGGACAAGAACAUGGCGAGCGGCGUGGGGACCUACCACCACCAGGGCGCCACCUCCUACAAGGGCGAGUGGAGGCGAGACCUCCAGGACGGGCACGGCGUAGAGACGUGGGCCGAGGGACCACGCUACAACACUAGUUUUGGCCGCGGAGCGCUCUCGCGUUGGGCCGCAUGA